UAUCUAUUAUUAACACUAUUACGAUUUAAUUUUUAUAUAAAAUAAUUAAAUAUGAAUGAAAAAAAGAGGGUACUUAUGAUUUGUCUUGGAAAUAUUUGUCGUUCACCCAUAGCAGAAGCAGUUUUUCAAGAUCAAAUAAAUAAGUUAAAGUUAGCUGACAGAUGGGAAGUAAGAAGUGCUGCUCUUGUACAAUAUCAUUUGCACAAACCUCCAGAUUCCAGAACUCUGUCUGUACUAAGAGAUAAUGGUAUUAUUAACUACAUUCACAAAGUGAAACAAAUUGAUCAACAAGAUUUUUAUAAAUAUGAUUAUAUAUUUGGAAUGGAUAACGAGAAUAUUAAAAGCUUAAAUCGGUUAAAACCUAAUGAUUGUAAAGCCAAAAUUGAACUUCUUGGAAAAUAUGAUCCACAACAAGAAAUUAUAAUAAGAGAUCCAUACUAUGUAGAGUUCUAUGACAUGAACAUUGAGGGAUUUAAGAAAGUAUAUGAGCAAUGUGUGCGGAGUAUAGUAGCCUUUUUGGAACAACAUAAAACUUGAAUGUACUAUUAAUAAUGUUAUUAAACUUGUAAUUCGUUAAUUAAAUGUAAAGAAAUAUUAUCAUAAGAA